AUGGACCCAAACAACCUCAAAGUCCAGGUAGAAGUGGAUCCUACUGAGGAUACUGAGUGGAAUGAUAUUUUGAGAUCUCAUGGAAUCAUACCAGAAAAAGAGCCAGACCCAACGGAGGAAUUGGAGAAAGCGCUGUCCGAAGCUGUGGAGAAACAGCACGCUAAUAGACUAGAACACAAAGAUUUAGAUGAAUUAGCUGCACUGGAAGACGAAGAAGACGAGGAGUUUCUGGAGGAAUACAAAAAGAAAAGAAUGGCAGAAAUACAAAAGUUGAACGAUAAGUCUUUGUUCGGUUCAGUAUAUCCUAUAUCUAAACCGGAAUAUCAAAAGGAAGUCACUGAAACCUCAAAAACAGCGUUUGUAUUCCUUCACAUGACACUUCAAAGUGCCCUACAAUCUCGUUUGUUGUCAGCAUUAAUGGUCACUUUGUCAUCUAAAUUUAAAGAAAUCAAAUUCUGCGAAAUCCCUGCCAACAGAGCUGUUGAAAAUUAUCCAGACGGUAACUGUCCAACAAUUUUGAUUUAUCAUAACGGGGAUGUGGUCAAGCAAUUCAUAACGCUAACGCAGUUGGGAGGAAAUGAUACAAAGGUUGAAGACUUGGAAAGGAUUUUGGUUUCUAUUGGAGCUGUGGAUGAACAUGAUAGACGAUUACUGAUAAAUAAUGAAGACGAAGAAAGCUCUGAAAAUAGAAAAAUCAGAUUUCAGGGCAAAUCAAUCAAAUCUAAAGCAUACGAUAGCGAAGAAGAUGAUGAUUUCUAUGAUUAA